AUGGGUAGUGAAAGCGUCAGUAGGGUAUGCAGGUCUGGCAGCGCGAAUGCAGACGGUUUAGUCGCGCGCGUUAGGAAGAAUCUCGCAGACUUGCGUCCGUUUGACGAGUCGGUCAAUAACGCGGACGUUGGAGCCGGUAGGAAUGCGGACAGCGGAACGGGGGCGGGGCAACUGGGGAGAGAGAACGCGCAAGGAGGAGGCGAAGGAGGCGGAGGAGGUGGAGGAGGCGAAGGAGGGGGGCCCGGUGGCGGAGUGCCAUCAGGCGGAGUGCCGUCCGCCAGAACAGUCCCUUCCGCCCGCGCAGUUCCGCGGAGGAGGCGGACGGCGGGCGGGUGCAGCUUCGACAGCUCCUUCGACCCCGUGCUCUCCACCUCCCCGCCCGCGCCCAUGAGUGCCAGCGAUUGCGACGCCCCCAAGCCCAAGGGGCGCAGGGCAGCGGCGGCGGCGGCGCUCGCCGCCAACGCCUCGUUAGAGGCCCCUCCGAUACCGCGCACCGCCACCAGCUCUUCCGCCGCCUCCAGCUGCUCCGCUGCUUCCGCCGCCUCCGCUCCCCCGGGCGCGCUGAAGGGGGUGCCGCCCGUGGGGGGAUCGCGGGGGCACAGCAGGAGCCGCUCGCACGGGGGAGGGUCCGGGCGGCUGCUGUCGCGCCUGGCGCACCAGCCUGGCGCAGAGCUCCCCGCAGACGCGGGCGCUGGCGCCGCUGCUGCGCCAUCCGCCGCCGCCUCUGCUGCUGCAGGCGCUGCUGCUGCGCCCUCGAGCGCUGACUGUGGUGCUGUGGAGGGGGGGAAGAGCGGCGGGGGAGGCGGGCAUGCGGAGGGACUGCCGAUGCUGCCCCAUCCUGACGCACCUCAGAUUGUGAAGUGCCAGAGCUGCAACAAGUCCCUUGCAGUGCCGCCCAACCUGCCGCCCUCCGCCAAGGGCUAUCAGCGCCUGCGCUGCGGCAAGUGCCUCCACAUCUCGAAAUACGCCCUCUACUCCCCCGCUGCCGCUGCUGCCUCUGCUGCUGGUGCUGCUGCUGACCUGGAACAAGUGCAGGAGGAGUGGGAGGGGAAGGAGGGGGAGGAAAACGGGGCGGAAUAUAAUGGGGCGGGAGGGGGAGAGGCGGGUGAGAGAAGUGGAGGGAAAGGGGAGGAAGCCCUCGCCAAGGGCGGCAAGGCCGGCGGGGGGAAGGACAGCAAGGCAGGGGGGAAGCACCAGCGGCGAGCCACAGUGGACUCGGCAGAAGUGCUGGGGGCGUGGGAGAGGGAGGCCGGGCAGGCCGGUGGUGCCGGCAGUAGCAGUGGUGGGCGCAGUGGGGGGGGUGCGGGUGCAGGUAGGGGUGCAGGCGGGGUUGGGGGUGGGGGUGCGGGUGCGGGUGGGGGAGGGGGCAGUGCGAUGCCUCCUCGUCCCAGCACGAGCAGUGGUGUGAGUGAGCCGGCAGUGGCGUCUGGGUUUGGUCCCUGGGAUGCUGCCACUGCCAUGCACGCUGCUGCUGCCGCCGCUUCUGCUGGUGGUGCUUCCGCUGCCCUCCCUCCAUCGAGCUUACCCCCAUUGGCUGCGCAUCCCGGCCCACCUGGAGUGUUCCCCUCAGGCGGAGUUGCAGAAUUCCUGAGGCAGCAGCAACUUGCAUGGCAGCAGCAGAUGGGCGCGGAUAUGAUGCUGCAGGGGCAACCCAUGGUGGCAGCGGGCAUAAUUCCCCCCAUGGCCGCGCAACAGUUUUCACUGCCCAUGCAGCAACCCGCCAUGCAGCAGCCUUUUCCCCCUAACCCUAUGGGAAUGGGGAUGGCUGGGCCAAUGGGGGGAGCCAUGGGGGGACCGGGGAUGAUGGGGCCGCUGGGCGAGGAGGGGGGCUACAGCCGGCGAGUGGUGGUGAACAGUGUGCCCAUCACCGACCCGGCUGUAGCGCGCGCAGAGGAGCUCGCUGGACCCAUCCACCCCGGCAGCUACUGGUACGACGUACACGCUGGCUUCUGGGGAGUCAUGGGAGGGCCUUGCCUCGGGAUUAUCCCGGCGGGCAUCUGGGACUUAGCAUUGGCCCCCCUGCUGCGGCACUGCUCCAACGGGCACACGCGAGUGCUGGUGAACGGCAGGGAGCUGCAGCGCCGGGACCUGGACAUUCUCAUGCAGAGAGGCCUGCUGGACCACCCUGGCGCCGCCUACCUGCUGGACAUCCACGGGAAUCUGGCCGAUGCCACCAAUGGGGAGCCCCUGCCCUGCCUCGGGAAGCUCGCCCCCUCGUGA